AUGGGCACAACCUCUAGUGCUCUUAUGAUGUUAUUUGCUCUUUUUUUCAUUGAAAGACUUGAGUUCAUUUGUAGUAGUACAAAUUCAAAUGUGAGUUGCAUAGCGAGUGAGCGAGAAGCUCUUAUGAAAUUCAAAGGAAAUCUCACAGAUGAAGCAAACCGUUUAUCCACGUGGGUUGGAGAGGACUGUUGUACCUGGAAGGGAGUUGGUUGUAGCAAUAAAACAGGCCAUGUUGUGAAGCUUGAUCUGCGUAAUCCAAAUCUCGACAGCUAUGGUCCAAAUUUCGAAAUGAACAAAUUGCGUGGUCAGAUAAGUCCUUCCUUACUCGAUUUGAAUCAUUUGCAUUACCUAGACUUGAGCAUGAAUGAUAUGCAAAUUUCUAAUUCCUUAGGAUCUUUGAAAAGCUUGAGAUACCUUGACCUCUCUGGGUCAAUUUUCGAUGCAACGAUUCCUCAUAAUCUGGGAAAUCUUUCGAGGUUGCAGUAUCUCAACCUUAGCAAUAAUUAUUUAAGUGGUCCAAUUCUUGAUACACUUGGAAGGUUGACCUCUCUCACAGUUCUUGACCUUUCAUAUGACACCUUCAAUGAUUCAAUGUUGUAUUCUUUGUGUAACCUGAGCAAUCUUAUCCAUAUAGAUCUUAGUUUUAAUCGCUAUGGAGGUGCAAUGCCCCAUUGCCUUGGGAAUCUUGCUUCUCUUUCCAUCCUCAGGUUGAAUUCAAAUUACCUUCAAGGUCCAAUUCCAAGUGAGAUGGGAAAUAUGACACAACUUAAAGACCUUGACCUCUCUCAGAAUCAGUUUGAGGGUCCAAUUCCAAGUGAGAUGGGAAAUAUGACACAACUUACUGAGCUUGACCUCUCUUCGAAUGCAUUUGCAUGUGAAAUACCAAACUCCAUGAGGAACCUCUGCAACUUGCGUGUAUUGGAUUUGUCCUAUAACAUGUUCACUGGAAAGCUUUCAACUUCUAUUGGAAGUCCAUUUGGUUGCAUCCAUAAUAGUUUGGAAGAUUUGCUUCUUUCUUCCAAUAAGUUGAGUGGUGGUCUGCCAAACCAUUUGGGAGAGUUUAAGAAAAUAGAGAGGCUUAUUAUUAGCAGGAAUUCAUUUUAUGGUCCGCUGCCAUCAUCACUCGGAAGACUAUCAUAUUUGAGAGAGUUAGAUACUAGAGACAAUCAAUUGAAUGGGAGCAUUCCAAUUAGUCUUGGACAACUUUCAAAACUAGAAUAUCUAGAUUUGUCAAACAAUUCAUUUGUUGGCACUGUAUUUGAACUUCACUUUGCCAAACUCAAGAGUUUAAAUGAAUUGUACUUGCAUUCAAAUUCAUUAGUUUUGAAUGUGACCUCCCAAUGGGUUCCUCCCUUUCAACUCCAAGUCAUACGAUUGGCAUCUGUCAAAGUAGGACCCCAAUUUCCUCAAUGGCUCGAAACACAAAAAAAUGUUACAGUGUUAGACAUGUCUAAUGCAAGCAUCUCAGUUGUCAUCCCUGAUUGGUUUGAGAGUAUUUAUUGUGGCAUUGUAGCCUUGGAUCUUUCCAACAACCAGAUCAAAGGAAAGCUGCCAAUAUGUCAAAAAUGUAAAUAUAGAAGUAGUGCUAUUGAUAGAUGGUUAUAUUUGAGUUCUAACAGAUUUGAGGGCCCACUAACACCGCUUCCUUCAGAUGUUUAUUUGUUAGAUCUCUCAAAUAACCAGUUGACUGGUGUCAUUCCAGUGUCUUUGUGCAAGGUAAAGAAUAUAGCUUAUAUUAAAUUCUCAAACAAUCAGUUAUCAGGAAGAAUUCCUCCUUGCUUGUGGCAGUUGGAUCACUUGUUCGUGCUAGAUUUGACGAAUAAUAGUCUAUAUGGUGAAAUUCCCAGUUCAUUGGGUUCCCUACAAUUUCUCAAUUCCUUGCACUUACGUAAGAAUAGAUUUCAUGGGAAGCUUCCUUUGUCCUUACAGAAUUUGACAUUUCUUUUCACCAUUGAUCUAGGUGAAAAUGUGUUCGCUGAUAAUAUCACUUCAUGGAUUGGAUAUAACCUAACUAAUCUUAGAUUUCUCAAUCUUCAAUCAAAUAAUUUCUAUGGUGAUAUUCCUCCGUAA